AUGGGACUUUGGUUCUUCAAGACGUCACUCCUUGGAGUCGUGCUCACCAGCGCUUUCGCAUCCGCUCUCGUCAUUCCCAGAAGCCAUCAUGAUUCAGUCCCUGCGUUAGAUGUCUACAAAGGCGGUGACCAAAACCACUGCCCUUCAGAGAGCCAUGGUACUGGAUAUUCUUAUCCGACAACCAUGGCUAGGUCAUCUGAUAUAGGUCUUGAGACUUCGAACACCCCUAUACCAUAUCCUUCCAACUACGCGACUGUAUCCGUAGCGCCCUAUCCCACUGCUUCGCUCACUCUCCAAGGAACACAAGUAUCGCACAAUACGUAUGCGACAGGCACGGUACCAACAGCCUACAUACCAAUCUCGACAGGGUAUACUAGAUCACCAGCUCAUGGAACAGAGUACAUGCCGCAUAGCAACGCCACGACUUAUGCAAUGGAAAACAGUAUCUACAUCUCCAAUACAUUGGACUCUGCCGUUUACCCUGCAACUUCUACUCUGGCGGGGAGCUCUACAGUAGAAGUCUAUGCUCCCAGCUCGCCUCUUCCGUCGGUACUAGGAACCAUGAAUAUUCAGUACACUUCAUCCAACGCUACACAGACACCAUGUCCAAUUAGCGCUGUACUAUCCGGUUCUUCAGCUACGCCUGGUACUAUGAUCACUAGCGCCGUGUCAUUACCCACAACCCCGGAUGUGGUUGCUACGCCUGCUCAAUCGACUGGAGAAUAUGGCAUAGCGCCAAACGGAGUCGCUUACAUGAGCUUGGCGCGCCUCAAAGAAUCCCCGGUCCCAAUGGAUCCCCCUCCUCCUCUCUCGCCCAACAAGGCUCCCUUCUCGCCUGGGAUGCCCAUCUUUCCCGCCAGCCCCGACCGCGGUGCAGGCUCAAGAUCUCCCUUUGGCGACUCCAGAGGAUCGUCUCCGGUCCUGUCACCAUCUACGCCAAACCUCCGUCCUCACUCGCCGCUACGACACACACACCGCCGGACCGACUCUGAUGUCUCCGUUACAGCACUUACCGGCAUGUUCGAGAACCUCGAGGUUAAGGACCCAAGAGAAGCAUGCAAGCGGUUCAAAGACCUGCUCGACAAGGAGAGAAUACGACAUGCCGAGAAGUUGAACAAAAUUGAAAAAGAACAUGCCAAGAAGGAACGAGAACAGGAAAUGGCUCUGAGCCGACGCGACAUCCGCAUCGACGAGCUGAAGAACGAACUCGAACACGCGAGUGGUUCUCUCGGAGAGGCUAUCACCAAGGAACGAUACGAGAAGGAGCGCGAGGCGAGCAAGGCUGCCAUCAAGAAAUGGGAGAAGAUUUUUAAGGAAAAUGAAGAGAAGUGGAGGGGUGAUCGAGCCAGAGCGGUGGAAGCAGAGCGCCGUAGCCAAGUUUAUGAGGGCAAAUAUCGUCACGCCAAGAAGGACUUCAUGGAAGCCAACAACGAGAAGCUACGGACUUCUGCCAUGAUACCACAGCUCCAGUCUAAGAUGCAGGGGCUUCAGCGUAGCUUGCAGCGGGCCGAGUCGGAUGUUAAGUUCAAGACCGACGAAGCUGCCAAGUACAAGAACGACGUGUACAAUCUGCAACUUGAGAUCGAGACUGUCUCCAACCGACUGAACGAAGAAGUGCAGGCACUCAAAGAAAAGCUAGGCUUGGUAGAAGGAGAACGCGAUGCUCUUAAGACAAGCUUAAAAGAGGAGGAAGUCUUGCGUAUCGCUGCCGAAGGCCAAAUUCCACUCCCAUCCGCCGAUGCAGAAGAGACCGAUGAAUUCGCGUCACCCGUUCGAUCACCACGCAAGCCACGUAACCUCUCGCGUGAAGAUGACGACAAGGAAAACGUGUCUCCAAAAAAGAACGCAAUUGAUCUGCGCUUUGUUCAGCAGGAGCUGGCAGCAGAGAGGCGUGCCCGAGAGCGCGCUGAGGAACAGAUCGACUUCAUGAAGAUGGAAUGCCAGUUCCAAUGCUGUUCUUGCCGCAUUGCUGAGAACAGUGGAAAGCAAUACAUCCACGACAAUUCUCUGGAAGAUGAGAUGCAGCGCAUCAAGGUCUCGCUACCCAUCUCCACACCUCCGCCUAGCAACCACGGAGACGAAGUUAUGGAAGACGUAGCGAUCAAGCAAGAGUCUGUUGAAAACGAGCGACCCAUCACACCGCCAGAGGACGUCGCAGUCAAGACAGAGGCUGAGGAACCAGAGACCGUUGUCGCCUUCUCUCCUGACACAGGAACCUUCCGCUCUGUCCCCUCCCCGAUGAAGUCGCGCCCAUCAGCAGACUUGGCAACACCUGCAGAACCAACGCCUGCGGUGGAGAUGAUUGAUGCACCGAUGGAGGUGGCACACAUGCGCAACUCAGUCAUUCCUACUGAAGUGUCGCUACCACAGUCUCGUCCAGCGUCUAGGGUAGACUUUGUCCUUCCUGCUCGCAGGGAGAGCAAGGCUGUAGACAUCAGUAUCCAUGAAGAUGCCGUGGAUGACAGUGAAGAUGAGGACAUGUCACCACCGACGCCAGACCGGGAGCCUACCGGUCCAGCAACACCAUACCUCACUCGCACAAUCACCACCACCACUACCAUCCCUCUUCACUUCUCUCCUGCCACUCCAGCAUUCAAGCCAGGUCGGGGGCCUAUGACUCCUUCGACCGUCGCACAUGCUGCGGCUAAUACACAGACACCUGUCUUAGGUGAACUGUCACUCAACAAGCUAGGCAUCGACCGCGAAGCCGCCCUCGCAGCCAUUCGUGAACGUAGGGGACGUGCUAGAAGCAUGGCCGCUGGUCACGGAACGCCAAUGAAGCAGAUGGUCGAGGGCGCGAAGGAUCGUAGAGACAUCAGUGCACCCGUGACCCGCGUCCGCAGUGUAUCGCGAAAGCUGAGAUGA